CAGAAUCCUCACUCCUCCAACCCUAGAGACCAAACUAAAGAGACAACAGGUUUCGGCUCGCCGCAGCGGGAGAGAGUAAAGCCAUAGCUAAACCUUCCGCCGCGGCACCACCGUCAAUUCUCCGAUGGCUCGUUCUAUCUCCAACGCCAAGUUCGUCUCUGCUUUUGUGCUGGACAAAGUCUCUGUUUCCAGGAGCUAUAAGGCGGCGGCAGCGGCGGCGCAGGGGUCUGUUUCCGGCGUAGCAGGGAGGAGCAACGCGAUGCUGAAGAAAGGAGGGGAUGAAUCGGGGAAGAGCACCACCUCCUGGAUUCCGGAUCCCGUGACCGGAUACUACAGACCGGAGAGCCACGCUAACGAGGUCGACGCUGCCGAGCUGCGUCAGAUGCUCUUGAAGAACACCACUAGACGACAUUAAACCACAUAUUUACUACAUUCCUAAUACUAUGUUGUUCCACUGAUAUGAUGUUUACUUCCUUUCCUAGCAACCCCGCCCAGACAUAUACUGGUUCCGGGAAAGAAUAGAAUGGAUAUGUGUUUCUUUUUCUUUUCUCCGGCUUCUUAAUAGAAUUACCUAAUACCUACUGCCUAGCAUUUGAUGAAAA